AUGCCCUCCGUCCUUGCCUCCUACGGUUCCAAUACCACGCUGUACCUCACCGUCCUUUCCGUCGCGCUACCGGUCCUCCUGCUCUGCCUCAAAAUGCUCUUCAGCCGCGCAAACAAGUUCCCUGUCGCGGGUCGCACUAUCAUUAUUACCGGUGGAUCUCAGGGCCUCGGACUGUCACUUGCCAAUAAACUCGCUGCCCGAGGCGGCAACGUUGUCAUUGUCGCUCGCGAGGAGGGGAAGCUUGCCUCGGCGCUCACAGAAAUAAAGUCACACGCGACCAGCCCCAAUCAACGCUUUCUGAGCCUGUCUUAUGAUCUGACUCUGCCCGAGAGCGCUCCGGCUAUCUUGAAACAAGUAACUGAGUGGAACGAUGGCAAUCCACCUGACAUCGUCUGGUGCUGCGCAGGCUACUGCAUACCAGGCUUCUUCGCGGAUAUACCGAUCGAGACAUUGAGAAGCCAGAUGGACACCCUGUACUGGACGUGCGCAUACGUGGCGCAUGCCACCCUCAACCUCUGGAAGACCCCAUUGGGCGUCCACACAGCCGACCCAUCCUCCAGCGACAGCAAGUCUCCGUUUGCCGCUGCCUCAAAAGGUGCAAAUCCACCUCUUCCACCACGUCACCUCAUCUUCACCUGCUCCUCCCUGGUCUGCUUCCCCAUCGCGGGCUACGCGCCCUACACGCCAGCAAAAUCCGCCAUGCGCGCCCUGGCGGACUCGCUGCAACACGAGAUCGCCUUAUACAACGGCUGCGUGCAGUCUACCACGACCCCAGCCUCGCAAAAGCCCGCUGCGGAGAUCAAGCUCCACACCAUCCUUCCUAUGGGCAUCUUUUCGCCGAAUUUUGAGCGCGAAAGCGAAUUAAAACCAUCCGUCACCAAAAUGCUCGAGGAGACAGAUCAGCCGCAAACGCCGGAGGAUGUUGCUGAUGCAGCCAUACGGGGUGUGGAGCGUGGGGAGAUCAUGGUGCCGACGAACUUGCUGUCGAGGCUGAUGGUGGGCGCGGGACGCAACGCGAGCUUACGGCAAGGUCUGGGUGAAGUGCUGUGGAACUUACUUGGGAGCAUAGUGGUGGUGUUCGUGGCAUGGGACUUUUGGAGCAAGACGCGACGAUGGGGACGGGAGAGGGGCUUACAGACUGGUCCUGGGGUGCCGAAUCCUUAG